AAUUCAUGAACCUUUGAUAACUGGAUCUGAUUGCAGGGAAGAUGGUUGCGUUAGGUGUGUUCGCUGCUUUACUGACAUUUACAAGUGUGGUCGCACACACAUGCUACUUUUCCCAAGAGCCAAACCAUCUGGUCAACUCGGACAAAUAUCAUUGGGUUCUGUCCGACAACCCGUGCCUAUGCGCACAGUUCCGGCUCGGUGGGAUCAACACGGUGCCGUCAAAACGAGCCACCGAACCUAUCAUCCGAUCCUUCGAUGCCUCGCUGCUAAGGAAACGCCCGGACGACAUUCGAGAUGCCAUGGGUUGCGUUAAAGAAUCUUCUCUCUACAAUACAACCGCAAGUGGGAAGAUCAUGUACCCUUUUGAUUCAUUCAACUCUGCCCUUCUUGUCUACAUUGACGUGACAGCCUCAAAAUUUCGCAUUUACCUGACUACUGAGGAUCUAUCAUCUCCCCCACCCUACAAAAUAGAAUUCAAAGGAGACAGACUAUCUGUUGCGAAGCUGCUGCACCGAGAACCCGGUGUCUACACCGAUGUGGCAUCGGAGGUAAUUCCUGGCUCUGCAGCAGACGGUCGACAUUUCUGGCUCUACUAUCGGUAUGGCACUUCUUCUGCCGUCAUUCAAGUUGGGUUGGGUCAGAGUACGACAGAGUACUUCGAUCAAUCCCCACUUCAGGAGACAACGUAUCUGGGUACCUUCUCUAGUGAGGCUGCAGAAUGGAAUCUUCGUCACUACCAGAAAACCUAGACCGUAUGUAGGUACUAUCUGCAAAUGGAGACUCAAUCAACAUCGCAAAACAUAGACCACGUAUCUAUGUACUUUCUCUACAAGGUUGCAGAGUGGAAUCGUUGUCGCUACCUGGUACCAGGUAUCUGGGUACCUUCUACAUAGCAAGACUGCAGAAUGGAAACUUCGUCACAACCUGAAAACCUAGUUAGACCACGUAUCUGGAUGCCUUCCAAAACAUAAACCAAGUAUUCUGUGUAGGCUACCCUCUCCAGCAAGACUGCAGAAUGGAAACUUCGUCACAACCUGAAAACCUAGUUAGACCACGUAUCUGGAUGCCUUCCAAAACAUAAACCAAGUAUUCUGUGUAGGCUACCCUCUCCAGCAAGACUGCAGAAUGGAAACGUCGUCACUCUCGACCAUAUCUUGAUGCAUGUUCUAGGGCUGCAGAAUGAAAAUCUCCCCACUCUCUAAAAACCUAGACCACGCAUUAGAUGCCUUAUCGGGCCUCUUGACUCGCAUCAUUAAACCUGUGAAAACAUUCUGUAUGGAGUACUAAACUACGGACAUUAUGUCAUCAUAAUUUGUUUAAUUGUUUGGACGAUCAUCCCAUCAAGGGAACUCCACUAACUCCCACAGGGGGAAGCUGGCACAUCCAACCUCUCUUACACAGACAUGUUUUAAAGUAUUUUUGAUUAUGAACUGCACAAAUUAAGAAAUUGUGAUCUAGUAUUAACUAGACGACAAUACUCGUUCUAAUAGUCAUUGUGAAUUAGCAGUUUUCUUAAGGGAUUCGAUUGUAGGCCUGGUUAGCUCAGAACCAUUAAAGGGCAUUUUAGUUUUUGUCAAACGGGUUUUGAUUGACGCCGUCACGAUCAGAUCAAGAGACUACAUUGCCAAAGUCUCGAAAUCAUUCGAAAUAGAAAAGGUAGCAGUUGCCACGUGAUAUGGACAAUCUGCAACGGUCGAAUUUUAAAAGAUAAUAUGUUUAAAUAUCCUCGGCUCAGUCAACAGCACGUCUUGAAGUGGGGGGGGGGGGCAUUUUUGUUUCACUCUGAGAAACGUUAUUGACACAAUUUCUACCUCAUGUGGACAUUGAGUCUAAGUUUAUGUUUCCUUUUUGAUGUUUUGCGCCAAAACUACUCGUGGUAGGUAGCUUCACUAUUUGCGGCAACGACAAGAAGACAACUUUUGUUAGAAUGAAAGCAAUUUAUUACUACGGUGCACGUGCAUCAGAGCAGAGAUGGGAAGGGCCAGCGUGAACGAUAGUGUUUACUCUUGAGUUAGAAGUAAUGCAUUCCGCUCAACUAUACAUUAAAAGAUCUUAGCAAUAACGGAAUUCAUUAGACGCAGAGCUCGUUCAGCAGAGAAAUGAGUUAUUGAGGGUAAUUUGAUGCCAAGAUAAGUUUCUAACCCUCAUGCCAAAAGAGUAGCCAUAUACAACCUAUAGUGGGGUUGUUGCAACGAGCAUCCCAGUGUUAAACACAUCAGUGUGCAUGUGUUUAGCUUAAAACAAAUUGUAUUCUUC